CACAGAACGUAGUACAGGAAGAUACAUUUUUUAUUCAUUGUUUUAUUUCCUGUAUUGAAUUAUCGGGAGCUACAAUUUAGGGAUCUAAGCUUGGUUUGUAAUACUGUCAAAAUGGCACACUGGUUUCAUCGAAAUCCUUUGAAAGCCACAGCACCAGUCUCGUUCAAUUUGUAUGGAAUUGCUGGGAGUCCUGCAGCUAACAAAAUAUGCAAUGACCUGAGAACAACCAGGGCAAGACUUCUAGAGAUGUUCACAGAUGUCACCUGUACCCCGGAGAUUAUGAAGAAUGCCACUGAUGCAUACUUCUCUCUAUUACAAGGGUUCAUUGCUUAUCUGGAUGGUACCACACAAGAGAACAAACUGCGGUACAUUCAGAACUUCAAGUGGACUGAUACUUUACAAGGCAACGCUGCGAGUGCUCAGCAGGAUGCAGUGUUUGAAUUGGUUUCGAUGGGAUUCAACGUUGCAGUCUGGUACUCCAAGUAUGCCUCAAGAUUGGCAGGCAAAGAGAAUGUUACGGAGGAUGAGGCCAAAAUAGUUCAUAAAAGCCUGAAAGUUGCAGCUGGAAUUUUCAAACAUCUAAAGGAGACCCACAUCCCCCGCCUCAUCACCCCAGCCGAGAAGGGGAGGGAUCUGGAGCCCAGGGUGAUUGACACCUACAUCGUCCAGUGCCAAGCUGAGGCCCAGGAAGUGACUAUUGCCAGAGCCAUCGAGUUGAAGCAUAAUGCCAAUCUCAUCGCAUCCUUAGCAUUUGAGACCGCCAACUUCUAUCAGAAGGCUGAUCACACACUGAACACUUUGGAGCCUGACUACAGUAGCAAGUGGAGGAAGUACCUUCAACUCAAGCAGCACUUCUACAUGGCCUAUGCAUAUUGCUACCACGGGCAGACUCUCCUUGCCAGUGACAAGUGUGGAGAAGCUAUAAGGUCUCUGCAGGAAGCAGAAAAAUGUUACUCCAAGGCUGAGGCUUUGUGUAAAGAGUACCGUCAGACCAAGGGCCCCGGCACCACAGCUAAGCCCUCCGAGCAGCUCUUCUUCCUGAAGCUCGGAGGCCUCAUCAAGAACACGCUGGAGAAGUGCCAGAGGGAGAACGGCUUCAUAUAUUUCCACAAGGUUCCAGCUGAGGCCCCAUCACUGGAGCUGAAGGCUAGCUAUGGCCUGGCUGAGCCCAUUGGCUUCGAAUUUCCUCCCGUGAGCGACCAGUGUACCCCGGAGGUCUAUGCCACCUUCGACCUCACCAAGGGAGCCAAGGACGAGAAGGCCAAGUCCAAACAGGAUGAGGAAGUGAAGCCGGUGAAGGAGCCUGACCUGAAGCCUCAGAAAGACACCGGCUGCACCAUCUCCUAAGCCCAUCCCUGAACUCACCCAGCAGACACAGGAGGUCAUUCACACUCCCCACAACCCACAGUACUGGAGUCAUGGUUGCAUCAUUGCAAGUAAAACCCUGCACGGUGAAGGAAGCCUCUCGCUUUAGUUUCAAUGGCAGGCCGAAUACUUAAUGUUUGCUGGUUUGAGUUAUCUGAAGACCUGAUUUAGUCCCGCCUCUUGAGUGGGACUUACAGAAGGUUGAUACUUUUUUUGAGUGAAUGUUCUUGACAGUUUCAUAAGAACUCAUGAUGGUGGAAGUAAACAUUAAAUUGGAAGUUUAAAAUGUCGAUCACAUGCCGAGACUGCAUGCAUUAUUGUAAUGCAUUUGUUUAGUUUGAUUUGUAGUGAUUUAUAAUCAAUAAUGUUUGAGGUGGCUUGUUCUUUCGUUGUAGCUCAUUUUAUACAUUAUAAUAGAAAUGUAGCGCAGUUAUUACAACUUCUCCUUCUCUGGAAGACUGAGCACAUUUCAUUAAGGCGGGGAUCACAUUAGCCAGCAGCAGGUUUCCUAUUGUUCUCUAAGGUUCUGCAGCGGAACGGUGGCAACGCUGGCGUAACGCUAGUGUUGAAUAAGCUGAGCGCUGAACUUGGUUCAACUUUUAAACCGCAAUGCGAGCGUUUUCAGUUGUCGAACCGCUUGUGUUACCAUAGGAACGAGAUAGAACUUAUUAAGGUCUGAGCGUUACAUUACGCUUGCUGCGGCCGCUUGCCGCUGGCUAAUGUGAUCCCCGCCUAAGUUUACUUAUGGACCAAGUGAAAUACUGCAUAAGGAUUUGAAUCCUUCUCAUUCUAGGUUCCCAUCUGUAUAAUAUAUUAUAUUUCAAAAAGUAUGUAACACUCACUCACCAACUACUAGUCCUUUGUUAAACUUUUCUUGAACAAAUCUUAGUCUGCAAUGCAAAUUGGCUGUGCAGCUUAGCGUUUCGCUUGGACUCUACUGUAAAUGACCUUGAUGUGACCAUUCAUCUCCCUUCCCAAGGCUUCCUUCAAAGCAGCAUACGAGAUGCAUAAGCGUCACGUCGGCAUUCAUUUCCCCAAGCUGCAGCCCAAGAGCAAGGACUGGCUUGUGUUUUUCGGGUCGCAGUUUAGCACAGACCCAGCUGUUUCCCAUCCCGAGAGGAACAAUAAUAUCCCAGUCAAAUUUGACACGGCCACAGGGGCUCUUCAAGAUGGCCCCCAGACUGGGCGCCCAUGGUGUGGGACGCCAGGGUGAAACAUGUCAUCGUUGGCACGCGGAGGCUGUCCCAGCAUGGUGUUGCCAUGGUGUUGCCAUGCCCCCCACCCCUGUCUCGUCAUGGGGAGGUCAGUCUGCUGCUUGGUCCCGAUAUGGGCUCUCUGCCUGUAAUGGCUCCCACCAAGAGCCCGUGGGUAUGGUCAAAUUUGCUGAAUGUCUGGCAAAUUCCCAUGACCUAGUUAUGAGAGAAUUUCUUGGAUUAUUCCACAAAUCAGCCACAUCAAAAGAGAUUUAAGUAUGUGAUAUUCAGUGUGACACAGGGUCUUUUAUGAAAGUUGCUGCACACAUUAUUGUUGUAUUGUACACAGCUGCAAGAUGUUAACUCCGCACAUUUGGAUAUUUUUUUCCAAGCCAACAGAUAAAGCUUUGCUAGCUUUAAUAAUUUUGGUAUCCUGAUAUCUGGUAUGCCACUGGCCACUGGCUUUCUGAACAUUCAUUUUCCCUGCUGAGUAUCCGUAGUUUUGUGUUGGCUUCCAACUGCUGUGUUAUAACUCUUAGUAGUAGCGCCUGAGUUAUAAGUCUCAUCAUGUGACAUGUUGUAAAAUUACAAUAACUUUGUGAUGGAGGUUUCUUUUUUUCAAAGCUUUUUGCACUUUACCGUUGUCUUAUUGAAAGUGGCCUACAUACACAUGUAGAGACGUCAAGGUGUAUUAUAAAACAUAAAAACAAUAACCGUCCUGUAGAUACAAGCUUCUUUUUCUCUGGUUGUAAGUAUUGAAAUACUCAAUUGUAAUUUUAUUUAGUAACUGUGUACCGAAAUGAAAUCAUUCAUUUACAUGGGUAAUGGUACACUCUAUUAUAUAAGGUGUGCUUGUAUAUGAAAGUUAACCCUAAAGUCAUUGUCAUGUAUUAAUCUGUUUCCAUAAUGAACAUGCACUUCAGUGAGAAUUAAAACAUCCCUAUGGUAACCAUG